UACUAUCGUAGUCAAUGUACAAAUGUAGUCAAAUAAAACAAAAAACAAAACGAUUUUUAACAUGGAUUUCGAAUACAAACAACGAACGGCACAAGAGAGAAAGAAAGUUGAAGAUUUGUUUGAUUAUGAAGGUUGCAAAGUAGGGAGGGGCACUUACGGAAGUGUAUACAAAGCUAAGAACAAGGACAGGUUGUCUACCAUUAUCUCCGAUGGAAAAGAGUAUGCCCUAAAACAGAUUGAGGGAACUGGAAUCUCUAUGUCCGCCUGUAGAGAAAUCGCUUUGUUGCGAGAACUGAAGCACCCAAACGUGAUCAGCCUACAGAAGGUUUUCCUCUCACAUCAAGACAGAAAAGUCUGGCUGCUGUUCGACUAUGCAGAGCAUGACCUCUGGCACAUAAUAAAGUUCCAUCGUUCAGCGAAGGCAACUAAGAAGGCUGUGAAUGUCCCCAAGAACAUGGUGAAAAACCUGCUGUAUCAGAUCUUGGACGGUAUACACUACCUACAUGCUAACUGGGUGCUGCACAGGGACUUGAAGCCAGCCAACAUUCUUGUGAUGGGAGAGGGGUGUGAAAGGGGAAGAGUGAAAAUAGCUGACAUGGGGUUUGCGCGGUUAUUUAACGCCCCUCUCAAGCCACUGGCUGACCUGGAUCCCGUGGUGGUGACCUUCUGGUACCGAGCCCCAGAGCUACUGCUAGGAGCCAGACAUUAUACUAAAGCUAUAGAUAUCUGGGCUAUUGGGUGUAUAUUUGCGGAGCUCCUCACAUCAGAGCCCAUAUUCCACUGUCGGCAAGAGGACAUUAAAACCAGCAACCCGUACCAUCACGACCAGCUGGAUAGAAUCUUCAACGUGAUGGGCUUCCCACUAGAGAAAGAUUGGGAGGAUAUACGAAAAAUGCCAGAACAUGGAACAUUAAUGAAAGAUUUUAAAAGAUCGAGUUAUGGUAAUUGUAAUUUAACUAAAUAUAUGGAGAAACAUAAAAUCAAGCCUGAUGGAAAAGCAUUCCACUUGUUACAGAAGCUGCUUACUAUGGACCCAACCAAGCGGAUAACAUCGGAGCAAGCCAUGAGUGAUCCCUACUUCCUUGAGGACCCGAAACCUGCAAAUGACGUGUUUGAGGGCAUGCCGAUUCCAUAUCCAAAAAGGGAGUUCCUAACAGACGAUGAGGAAGACAAGGGCGCCUCCGGAGCAGCCAGCAAACAGCAGACAAAUAACGGGUCCUCCAACCACGGUCAGCAGCCUCCGGCCAAACGAGCGCGGGUAAUGCCCCCUACCUCCUCAACCGCUAGCUCUAUGGUAACCACGGAGUAUCAGCACAUGCACAAUGUCCAGGGCCAAGGCGGGAGCCAGCAGAUGGCCUACAACUCUGGUAGCCUCACUCAAACAUCCUCCACAGCAACAUCAGCAUACCAGCGAUUCUAAAAAAAGAAUUCAUGUUCAAGAAAUAAACAUAGUGACUAUAUGAAAAAGCAAGAUUAUUUUCCUAAAAUAUACUUUUUGUGACUUAAAAUAGACAAGAGUUUUUAUAAACAGACAUGUGAUUGUGAUAUUGAAAAUGGAAUUCUUCUGAAAUGAAAUUGGGAUCAGAAGAUGCAUUGGAUAGUGAAAGUAUAAUUUUAAUGUUAAAUACAGAUAUCAAAUGAUAAUGUUAUUUAUUUUAGCCAUUGUGUUUAUGAUAGAAGAGAUCCUGAAAUUGACACAAGAUAAUAAUAAGAAUCUAUCCCAAAUUUUUAAUGGGGGUAAUAGAACAGACACAGGAUCCCAGAAAUUUCAAUGGGGUUUAUAGAAAUUAUGAGACACUGAAUCCCAGACAUUUCAAUGGGGUUAAUGGAAAUAGACACUGGAUCCCAGACAUUUCAAUGGGGUUAAUGGAAAUAGACACUGGAUCCCAGACAUUUCAAAGGGGGUUAAUAUUAAUAGACACUGGACCCCAGACAUUUCAAUGGGGUUUAUAUAAAUAGACACUGGAUCCCAGACAUUUCAAUGGGGUGAAUGGAAUAAUGACACUGGAUCUCAGACAUUUCAAUGGGGUGAAUGGAAUAAUGACACUGGAUCUCAGACAUUUCAAUGGGGUUAAUUAGAAUAGACUCUUGAUCCCAGACAUUUCAACCGAGGUAUAUGGAAAUAGACACUGGAUCCCAGACAUUUCAAUUGGGGUUAAUAAAAAUAGACACUGGAUCCCAAACAUUUCAACUGGGGUUAAUAGAAAUAGACACUGGAUCCCAGACAUUUCAAUGGGGUUAAUAAAAAUAGACACUUGAUCCCAGACAUUUCAAUGGGGUUAAUAAAAAUAGGCACUGGAUCCCAGACAUUUCAAUGGGAUAAUCGAAAUAGACAUUCAAUUUCUAUGGAGUUAUUGUAUUUAGACACUGGAUCCCAGACAUUUCAAUGGGGUUAAUGAAAAUAGACACUGGAUCCCAGACUUUUCAAAGGGGUUAAUAGAAAUAGACACUGGAUCCCAGACAUUUCAAUGGGAGAAUCGAAAUAGACAUUCAAUUUCAAUGGAGUUAUUGUAUUUAGACACUGGAUCCCAGACAUUUCAAUGGGGUUAAUGAAAAUAGACACUGGAUCCCAGACUUCAAUGGGGUCAAUAGAAAUAGACACUGGAUCCCAGACAUUUCAAUGGGAUAAUCGAAAUAGACAUUCAGUUUCAAUGGAGUUAAUGUAUUUAGACACUGGAUCCCAGACAUUUCAAUGGGGUAAUUGAAAUAGGCACUGGUUACAUUUGAAUUGUGCUGUUCAAACGUUAUUAUAGGAGCAAAGAUGGUAAAAAUUGCUGUAUCAGUAAUUAAUUAUCUGCUGUAGAAUGAGGCACACAUCUUUUAUCAAUUUGAGUUAAAUUGUAGAUAAUUUGCAACAUUUAAAAAGUCUGUUUUCUGGGUCUGAAACUAUCUCAAUAUCAUUUUUACACUGAAAUAUGUUGCCAUUUUGUCUGGGUUCACUUAUGCUUCUAUCCUAUACAAGAAACUUAAAAUUCUUGUACUAUUGUCUUUCAAUUACAAUUUAGUGGUCAACAUAAUAUUUUGUCCAAUGAAAAGGCAGUAAACUUCGAAUUUGCGAGUGCAUUUAUUUCAGUAAAUCAGCAGUCAGCCAUUAUUGAUUGUAAUUAGGUGAAUGGUUAGAUAUAAACUGUGGCUGGCCCAGUUAAUAGAAAGUUUACUCUAUAUUAUGCAGACCACUAAUAAUGUUAAAGAUUGUUGGUUAAGUAUGUACUUACAAAAAAAAUGUGCCGCAUCAAAUCAUGUAAUUUUGUUAAGUCCAUGGUAACAAUCUUUGACCAUUACUUAGUGCUAGUAUGAAAGGUUUUGUUUUGGAAAUGACCUUGGGAGUUUGUGGGAUUUUUAGGCAUAAUGUCUUAUUAUGUGUUUAAGAGUUCUCUUGUUUUAAGAGAGACAUAUGAAUUUUACCUUUUAAAGGGACUAGCCACCAGAUGAUACCAUUGCAAAAAAAAAGAGAAAAUAGUAAAAAACUUACAUAAAAUUGACAUCGUUAUGUACAAUGCGCUGAAUCUUACUCACUGAUGUAUCACAUCGCUUACGACACAAGUAUCUUUCGCAGUUUUUAUGUAUUUUUCCAAUUCGAAAUUUACUUGGUCUGUCUACCACAUAAAUUUAAAAAUUGUGUUUGUGUAUUUAUCUGUACUAAACAUAUGACUUUACUGGGAAACCAUUAUGCGCUAUUUUUAAACUUGUAAAUUCAGCUAAGACAGCGACAAAAUAUUCUUUUAGUCAUGUAAAAUGAUGCAUUAUCGGCAUCAUAGUAGCUCGUAUUGACAAUUCUAGACUUGUUUUGAGGAAAUACUUUAUUUGCUGGUUUUGGGACCAUCUGGUGUCUAGUCCCUUUAAAUCUCAUUUGAAGAUGAGCAAUACAGUAUUGUGAACACACUUUGUCCAUAUAGGCUACCUCUCGGCAACUCACUCACCUUUGUUUUCCACUCAUCAUUGUUUUCAAUGUUUGUGAAAUAAAUAUGGUAAGUCAUCCAUUAUUUAUACAAACAAUUGCUACUGGUAAAGUUUCAUUUUAAAGUAGCAAAGUUUUUAUAUUUUUAAAGGAUUUCACUGAGAGCUUUUUCGAUAUAGGCAUUAUGUUAUUUAAGAAACAAAUUCAUAGAAUUAGUAUACAUAGUAAAACUUUAUUUUAUUAUAUCAUAUAUGGUAUAAGCAGCACAAAAAAAUAAUAUAAUGGUUAAUCAAUACAUGUUUAUUAGACAUAGAAAUAAUAUAAUAAUAAUUGAUGUUAAAAGAAGCUUACACAUCUUUGCAAUCUUAAUGUUGCAUGGCGUACUUUAAUGUUUGUCUCGUGGAUAUUUAAGGUAAGUUUCAAAAAAAUUAUAAAGUCCACAGUAAAAAAUUGAAAACAUUCUUAUUACAAGUAUGUCAAUGCUGUAACAUUUUAGGUUAUAGAAAUUAGGAGAAUUUCUUUUUAUUGGGCAUUAUGGCUUUCUUGUUUUGAAUAUUUAAGCAACUCAAAGCUUUUUUAAGAGGGUGAGCGUGACCUAGUUGUAUAUUAGGGAUGUGAUUUGUCAUCGGAUUUCCUCAAAGUUAAUGGUUCUGGGGGCAAUUUUUUUUUUAAAAAUGAUUAAAAAAUGUUAACUGGCUGCUUUUUGUUGACACUCAUGUUUUACUUCAAAGUUGAAGUCAGUAGAGCUCUCAAAAUUGCCUCUAAAAAGCAGUUUUGCUCCAGCAGCAUGUUGCUUCACCCCCUUUUUACUUCCAUUGUAGGGGCAAAGAGCCCCUAGAACCCAUUGCUGAUAUCGUCUCAGCCAUUCAUUUGUCAGGUUAAUCACAUCCCUGUAUAAUAGUGCUCGCAUCUCACCCAAGAGGUUGUGGGUUUAAUCCCCACUAGGGGUACUUUCUCAUGGCCUCUUAAAAGAUACAUAGGCGGAAUUCAUAAAACAUCUUAGGUUAUUUCCUAACUGAAGACAUUUCCCUUACGUAGUAUCUCUCUUCGCAUAUGGUAUUUUUACUUCAUAAUAUCUGAUAUACUUUAUUUUCAAUGAUUUUAUCAGUAAUGCAUACUUUAUAUUAAAAACACUUUUACCCGGUACUUUUCUUUUAAUUUGACUAUGAAAAUUCGAGAAAAAGGACUUCGAGGAAAAUGACUUGAGAAGUUUUAUGAAAUACUGCCCCUGGUGAUUUUGUAUUAGCUUCAGCUUUCCUUACAAUUGAGGUUAAGAAAUAAGUAUGAAUUAAAGCUACCAUAAUCACUUGGCAUAAUGUCAUGAUCUGACAACAUAAUUGUAGUGUUCUAUUGUUCUUUAUUAUUUCUGUAGUCAUUUGACAUCAUUCUAUUGUGAUGUUUUAUUACUUACAAGUAUACACUAACAGUGUUCAAUUGAUACACUUCAAAAUGUGUAACUGUUCAAAUGUGCACAUUUUGAAACAUAGCAUUGCAUAUCAGAAAAUAGAAAAAUAAAUGAUUACAUA